AUGUGUCCCACACAGGUGUCAGCACGUGGCAGACAGGGUGUGCGUACUCUCUUCCAUUACCUCCAGGAAAGAGGCAUCUUCGAUAUGAUAGCCAAGAUCUUCUUCCCCUUCCAGGGCCUCAAGCAUGCAGACAUCAUGGCGUUCAAGAUGUCCACCUUCAAGGGCAAGCCCAUCCGUCGGGACCCGGUCUCGGACCUCUAUGACUUCAUAAGGAAGAAUGACAUCUGCUCUCUGCACCUCGGGGCCGAGCUCAACAUCCCAGUGACCGGCACCAAUCAAACCUACCAUCCAUGCAACAGGAUGCUCGUGAUGGACAUUGACACCGUGACGCUGGACCCUCUCGUCCACCUCCUCAUGAUCAGCCAGAUCUGCCAGGGGGUGUACACCAACUUUGUCCGCGAGUCGACCAAGGACAUCAAUCAGAUCAUGGUGUGCUGCAGCGGCAAGGGAUGGCACAUCUACUUUGCCUUCAAGCAACUCUAUUGGAGCUCCUCGGCAGAGGAGUGGCAGAGAGACACGGAGACCAACAUCCGCUCCUCCAUCUACAAGUCCGUCGCACCGGUGCCCAUCCUCAGCUCCCGCACGGUGUCCAACACCUACAUCUCGCUGCAUUCUCAAGAUUACAAGUGGCAGGAUGAUGUCCUCACAGAUGCAGGAGAGGUUGUCUGGAUACCGUACUGGAACAGGGUAUGGUACCAGAGGAUCGAGCCCUACUUCAUUCAGGCUUGCAACACUCACCCUCAUUGGCUCUCGCAAUACGGGCCAAUCAAGAGUGUCCUCCACCAGCUCUGCUGCUUUGUGCAUGGGAUAGCACGAAAGUAUGUGCUCAACCUGUUCGCACCGGUAUCGGCAAUGACCACCAUCGCAGAGGUACACGAGUGGAUUGAGACCAUGCAGGAGAGGGUGUCGUGGUUCCAGACCAAAAGCAUGUUCAAGACCCCUGAGUAUGUCAAGAUCUCUAUUGCCUAUGCUUGCAUCGAGCUGGAGUGCAGGAAGACGGGGUUCUUGAUAGACCCGUCACUGUCGGAGCCCAGUCGCAUGCUCAGGGCUCCUUUCUCUCCAAAGCUCUGGGACUCCGGAGAUGACGGCUAUGUCUCCAUCCCGUUGGGCAACCCAUACACCGCACUGGACAACGACAGGGUCACCCUGAAGCUCAGCGACUUUCGUCCGAGCGAGGUGGAGACCAACAUCGCACACUUCAAGCUAUGGUGGCAGACAUCCAUCCCCAACAUCCUCCCAGCCCCUCCCGCAAGACCUCAGCCCAAAAAGACUGUGAUCAAAGCAUCUGUGUAUAACACGUAUGAGUUGUUCUGA